UCUCUCUCUCUCUCUCUCUCUCUCUCUCUCUCUCAUAUCUCUCUCUCUCUCUCUCUCUCUCUGAAAAGUUAAAGAAGACAAUAAAAUGAUUGAAGCCUUUAUAAUCCAGCAAGUCAAUAGUGUUGGGGUACUCAAAUCUCUGCUGGUAUAAAGAUGAAAGCAACAUUACAAGUAUUAGCAAAUUAAACACAGAGAGAUAUGGCUCUGGAAGCACUUUCUUCUACUGAACUCUUCAACUUUAUCAUGUUUGAUUCUGCUGCUCCCACCCCAUUCACCUGCAACAAUGACUCCUCCGAGGCCAGCCCACAAGAAAUUGCUCCACGGCUGAGCCACCCACCGCCACCGCAGGACACCACCACCCGCAAGAAGAGGAGGAGAAGGCCAAAGGUGUGCAAGAACAAAGAAGAAGCUGAGACUCAGAGAAUGACACACAUUGCUGUGGAGAGAAACCGCCGCAAGCAAAUGAAUGAGCAUUUAGCUGUUCUUCGCUCUCUCAUGCCAGACUCUUAUGUCCAAAGAGGUGAUCAGGCGUCCAUUGUUGGUGGUGCCAUAGAGUUCGUGAAGGAGCUUGAGCACAUUUUGCAGUCACUAGAAGCCAAGAAAUUCACCUUGUUGGAGCAGCAGGUAAACAAUAAAGAUCAGUACGAGAAGAGUGAUGAUCAGAAUUACAAGCAAGUCAUGGGCAGCAGCAGCCCAUUUGCUCAGUUUUUUGCAUACCCGCAGUUCAGCUGCUCCCACAACCAACUUGGCAAUAAGUACACUUCCCAGAGCAAGGCAGCCAUUGCUGACAUAGAAGUCACCUUAAUCGAAACGCAUGCCAACAUCCGAAUCCUCUCGCGUCGACGCCUUCGCCAGCUCUCCAAGAUUGUCGCCUCCUUUCACUCUGUCUUCCUCUCCAUACUCCACCUAAACGUCACCACUUUGGACUCCCUCGUGCUCUACUCCAUUAGCGCCAAGGUGGAAGAAGGUUGCCAACUCAAUUCAGCAGACGACAUAGCCGGGGCAGUUCACCACAUGCUAAGAAUAAUUGAGGAGGAAGCUAUCUUAGGUUGUCAAUCCUAGGACUGACCAUAUAUAUAUAUAUAUAUAUUAGUGAAAUUAUGGGACCUUUAAUUUUAAUGUUCACUGUGUUGAAUUAAUGUUCCAUAGUCUUUUCCUUUGUUUGUGUGCAUGGAUGUACGUAGCUGUAGCUGUAGCUGUAGCUCUUGGUUUUGGCUGCGGAUGGAUUUAGGGUCUGAUCAUUAGCCUUAGGAGUAUGGAUCUUAUUUUUGUUCAAAAAUAAUAAUUUGGAAUAUGUAAAACAAUUUGAAAGACGAAUAACAAUAAAUCUAUCUCUCCAUCUUCUUGGGA